UCAGUCAGUAGUCGUCAGACGUUUGUUGGUACAAGGACCUGUCGUCGUCGCUGCAGCCGUUCGAGUUCUGCCAGUCUGCAGACCCAUCACAACAUUGUGUGGAGCAGUACUUUUUCUCUUCCGCAUCGAAGCAAUUCUCGUGUUGCCGAGUGGGAAACUCGGCCAUAAUAUUUCGAGAUGCCCAUCUUCGGCUUUGGCGGCACACCGAUCGAGCAGGAAAUCGAGAAGGCCACCAAGGAGACCGUAAUAAAAGAAGAUGUAUCGAUCAUGUACGAGCUGUGCGAUCGUGUCAAUGCUUCGCCAGAAGGCACGAAAGAGGCGUACAGAUGUCUCACUAAGCGCCUACAGAACCCCAACCCGAGAGUCGCACUCCUGACGCUUUCCCUGCUCGAUGUGUUCGUGAUGAAUUGCGGAAAGAAGUUCCAUCUUGAGGUGUGCUCGAGAGAUUUCACCACGCUGUGUAAAAACAUUCUCGCCAGGGGUCAUCCGAAAGUGCAAGACAAACUAAAAUUCCUCUUAGCGAAAUGGGUGCAAAACGAAUUCAAGUCCGAUCCGCAACUAGCUCUCAUAGAAAACUUCCUCCAAAAGUGCAAAUCAGAGGGUGUCCAGUUCGAUGUCCAAGAGCCCACACUCGAAAUGAUGGACGGCAUACCCAAGGCACAAACGCAGACCCACAGGCAAGAGGAAGACGAUCUCGCUAAGGCCAUCGAAUUAAGUUUGCAAGAAACCAAAAAGCCGACCACUAGUUCAAGUCUCUAUCCAUCGAUGGGCAACAUGUCGAGCAUGAGCAGCAGUACGUCGACACCAAUGAACACGACAGCAGUCAGUAACGGAGGGAGCGGCGCGGCCGCCGCAGUCAGCUCCAAAGAGACGAGGAAAGUCCGCGCUCUAUACGACUUCGAGGCGGCCGAGGAAAACGAGCUGUCGUUCAAAGCAGGCGAGGUCAUAAUAGUACUGGAAGAUCGAGAUUCCAACUGGUGGAAGGGUUCAAAUCACCGUGGAGAGGGUCUUUUCCCGUCGAAUUUCGUCACGUCCGAUCUUGAAGCCCCACCCGCUGAGGAUCCCUCAUCUUCGAAUGUCAUUGAAACCCCGCAGGUUCAACAGGUCACCCACAUCGAUGAGGGCAAGAUCGACCUCUUGCUCCAGAUGCUGCACGACGCCGAUCCGACUGCCUUGCAACGAACCGAACAGGAUGCGAAAAUGGAAGCCCUCGAUGCCGAGUGUUCUCUCAUGACGCCCCUGAUUGAUGCUGAGCUCGUGAAAGUCGACCAGAAACAAGCAUCGCAAACGAAUCUCACGCGACGACUCAACGACGCUCUCGCAAUGUACCAUCAGCAACUACGCCAGCCGCAAAUGCCGUUUGUCCCUCCCGUGAUGGGCAUACCGCCACAGAUUCCUCAUGGGGUGCCUCAGAUGCCUUACUAUCCUCCAAUGGGGGUCACCCCGCAAUCUGCGGGGAUGCCACCCGGUUAUCCCGUCAUGGUAUCGGCGAAUGUGCCCGGGGGCAUCCCUACGAUGCAAGGACAACCCCCUCAGAUGAUGGGUACCGCUCCAGGUACCGCCGCCUAUCAGCAGGAUCAGUACUAGAGAUGAAUAUAUUGAAGCCGGGGUUCGAUGCUUCGUGAUGCUGAUCACAAACCUACAAAUGGGCGAAUCAGUCAUGAAUGAGUGAAAUGUCGUCGCUGAAGUUAGCUUGCUUUCACGUGAACGAUGUUUGUAACCUAAGGCUUCGAACAUCCUAAACAAUGCAAAUGGAAUGUUCGCGGACUUGGUGCGUUUCAACCUUCGCCAUCGUCAUGAUAGUUGUCUCCGAAGUUUGUUGAAUGUAAUUUUACCCAACACAAAGACCUA